AUGGGGGAUACUGACCUCCACUCAAAUAUAAACAACAGUAACUUGAAACUACUUGAAAAAUCUGAAUUGAAUAAACUUGAAAUAUCUGAACCACAUAUACUUGAAAUAUCAGAAUUAAAUGAACUUGAAAUAUCUGAAUUAGAUAAACUUGAACGAUCUGAGUUGAAUCAAAUCAGUAACAAUAACUGUGCAAAAGAAUUGAAUCAAAACAGUAACAAUAACUGUGCAAAAGAAUUGAAUCAAAACAGUAACAACAACUGUGCAAAAGAAUUGAAUCAAAACAGUAACAAUAACUGUGCAAAACAAUUGAAUCAAAACAGUAACAAUAACUGUGCAAAAGAAACUUAUCAUAUACAAACAGAUUUUCUGUUAAAUGAAUUAAACGAUAGUUAUGCAAGAAAAGAUUAUCAUAGUAAUAUCCAAACUGAUCUGUUGCAAGACCAAAAUGAACAACCUAGAAAUAAUUCAGAAGAGGUGCUAUCAAAAUUUGUCAAUUCUUCUAAUGCAAACUUUAUUAAAUUUGGAACUUUUGACCAAAAGACUGAAGCAGAUAGAAAGAAGUCUAUAAGAGAUGCUUCUGAUAUAAGACAGAUAGAGAGACAAAGAGAACUUGCUGCUAAAAGAGAAGUAAGAAAGGAUAAAAAUUAUAGAAAGACUGAAGCGGAUAGAAAGAAGUCUCGGAGAGAAAAUUCAGAUAUAAGACAGAUAGUAAGACAAAGAGAACUUGUUGCUAAAAGAGAUGCUAGAAAGAAUGAAGAUUUCAAUAAAAGAGAACUUGCUGCUAAAAGAGAAGUAAGAAAGGAUACAAAUUAUAGAAGGGCUGAAGCUGAAAGUAAAAAGUCUCAAAGAAAUAAUUCUGAUUUAAGACAGAUAGAAAGACGAAGAGAACUUGUUGCUAAAAGAGAUGCUAGAAAGAAUAAAGAUUUCAAUCAAAGAGAACUUGCUGCUAAAAGAGAAGUAAGAAAGGAUACAAAUUAUAGAAGGGCUGAAGCUGAAAGUAAAAAGUCUCAUAGAGAUAAUUCUGAUUUAAGACAGAUAGAAAGACAAAGAGAACUUGUUGCUUAA